AUACCAUCUGACAGGCAACACAUUGCAAUAGUUUGAUCGCUAGCUUAUUAGAUCUAGCUAGAGACCAAACAUCGUAACUAAUUCUUAGUUGUUUUACAUUAAGUGAGAUAACAUCGAUGGCGUCGAGCUCGUCAUGGACCGCAAAGGACAACAAAAUGUUCGAGAAGGCAUUGGCGCUGUACGACAGGGACACGCCGGACCGAUGGCACAAGAUUGGUCGUGCCAUGGGCGGGAAGACAGCGGACGAAGUGAAGCGCCACUACGAGCUGCUCAUCGAGGACAUCAUGCGUAUUGAGGCAGGCCAAAUGCCUUAUGCUAACUACUUUGCUUCCAACCACAAAGGUUGAAAGUUGAAACAGCUAGCUAGUGCUAUAAGAGCACAAACUGGAAAGCAGUAAGCAUUAUCUGGAUAUCAGAAAGCAGAAUCUUAUAGGAUCAGACAUGUCAACAUCAGAUGUCUCUGGUUUUAUUAUUAUUAUUAUUAUUAUUAUUAUUAUAUAUAAGAAGUUUGUAUCAUACUAUAUUUAUGUAUGACGUCUAUAUGUUCAGAUCAGAUGAUUGUGAUCUUAAAGUUAUGUAUCUUUCAGUCAUUUUUUAUGUACUUCAGGUUUGCCAUUAAGAUGUAUGUGACUGUUGAA